AUGAAACACGUUCGCAUCUAUUUCCGCCACCCAUGCGCAGGCAUGCUCGUGUGCUUCCUCGAGUCGGGGGCGGCGCCAAGGGCGAGCCUGCAAUUCCCUGAAAUCAACAUCACGGCCAUCCCAUUUUUCUCAACGAGCGUGCUCGUGUGCUUCCUCGUGCUGGGAGCCGCGCCGAAGGCGAGCGCGCAGAUUCCUGAAGUCAACAUCACGGCCAUCACGGAUCGCUUCAACGAGUUUUCCCCCCCGCCACCCGCCCCGCCCGCCCCCCUUUUGCAACCACGCGUGCUCGUGUGCUUCCUCGUGCUGGGAGCCGCGCCAAAGGCGAGCGCGCAGAUCCCUGAGGUCAACAUCACGGCCAUCACGGAUUUCCUCAACGAGUUCUUCGCCGCCCUCCAUAAGGACGUGCAGAGCUCCUUCCCCGGCACCAAGCUGUCGCAGUGCAUUGAGCCUUUGCCACCAAAUGCUUGCUGUUCUAAGUGCUCCUGCCACCGCUUCAUUAAUGCGCUGCUGCGCGCAUCCUUCCCCCCCUCCCCAACAAGAGCCACCCACACCACCACAUCUAAUGCUUUUCUCUUCCUCGCUGCUUUGCCUUAUCAUCCCCCCUUCUCUCGUGCUGUUUCGAUCUUGGCCUCGACGUGCUCAAGGGCAAGGCGGAGAACACGGGCGACUACAACAAUGUGCAUGAAUUUUGAGAAACCUCAAAAGAUUUCCUUUUCAUUCCUCUCUCGCGUUCCAUCGGUUCCGCUCUCAGACGUGCUCAAGGGCAAGGCGGAGAACACGGGCGACUACAACGAUGUUGACGACGAUGACGACAGCGAUCAUGAAGGCAAGCUCGAGAUCACCAAGUACACGUAA